UUUCUACACUUAAUGAUCAUUCUUUUGCCUACAACAAAGUUCAGUAAUGUAAUGUGGAUGCUCUUUAGGCCCAAAAUCUGGCGGUUCUUACGUAUCUCCUUAUAAAUUAUAUGAAUUUCACGAAAUAAAGUAAAGACCCUUUUAAUAUAUUUUGACUUUAGGCCACCGACACGGUUGAGCCGCCCUAAUAGGGGAUCAAAUAAGCCCCUACAUUUUAGCAAAAGAGCUCACAUAUGCCCUUAUCUAUAAUUCCUAUUUUUAGCACCAGAAACAGCCACAUGGCUGGAUAAUACCGAACUUUUACUUAAUCAAUGCCCAUUUUUCUUUCCCAAGUUUCAGCCGUCCCUUGUUAACCAUUUUGUAGCAUUUUAUAGUAAGUUCAUUUUCAUUUUUAUCUCCUUUGGUAUAUACUUGAUUGGUUUUUGUAUAAUAUUUAUGUCUUUCUCUUGGAUGACUUCGAGGUCUAUGUUGAAAAAUCAGUCCACUUUAAACAAGCCAAAUGCAAAUGUCCUAUAAAAGAAGAAAUCUUUGACAGAAUUUCAUCACCAAACAAACACUUGCCAUGAAUGCUUUAAAUUUAUUGUUGAUCAGUGCUACAAUAGCGCUAAUUGUCUCGGUUAAUUUAGCCUUUGAUAAUUCGGAAAAUGUGUUGAAACCACCUCCCAUACCAGGCUCCCAAAAUGUCCUCCCAAAAUCUGAAAUCAUCCAACUGAAAGGAGCAGUUGGACCAGACAGCAUUGCUUUCGAUCCAAAAGGAGAAGGCCCCUAUACAGGAGUUGCCGAUGGACGAAUUCUCAAGUGGAAAGGAUCAUAUUGGGCUGAUUUUGCAGUCACUUCUUCUAAUAGGAAGAAUUGUACCCGGCCUUUCGCUCCUGAAUUGGAGCAUGUAUGUGGGAGGCCAUUGGGCUUACGAUUCGAUAACAAAACAGGAGAACUCUACAUUGCUGAUGCCUAUUUAGGAAUCCAAGUUGUUGGUCCAAAAGGAGGAUUAGCUACACCAUUAGUCCAAGAAUUCAAAGGUAAGCCUCUAGUCUUCACAAAUGACGUGGGUGUCGAUGAUGAUGUGAUUUACUUCACCGAAUCAAGCACAAAGUACCAACGCAAGCAAUUUCUCUCCUCUGUAUUACGAGGAGAUAAGACUGGCAGGCUAAUGAAAUAUGUUAAAUCAACAAAAAAAAUAACCGUUUUAUUGAGAGGCCUUGCAUUUGCAAAUGGUGUAGCUUUGAGCAAAGACAGGUCCUUCGUGCUAGUGGCUGAAACUACUAAUUUUAGAAUUUUAAGGUACUGGCUUAAAGGCCCCCUUGCAGGAACACAUGAUACAUUUGUUGAGUUGCCGGGGUUACCUGACAACAUCAGAAUAAAUUCGAGAGGGGAAUUUUGGGUCGCGCUGCAUGCAAAAAGAUCAGUAUUUGCACAAUUGAGUAUUUCAGAUUCGCAGCUCGGAAAGGCACUGUUGAAGCUCCCAAUCACUGCACAGCAACUGGACAACAUGUUAGGCGGAGGGCAACCGCAUGCUACUGCAAUGAAGCUAAGUGAGGACGGGCGAGUUUUGGAGGUUUUAGAAGAUGUUGAAGGCAAGACAUUGAGGACUAUAAGUGAAGUUGAGGAGAAACAUGGCAAGUUGUGGUUUGGUUCUGUUGCGACGUCCGUUUUGGGAGUUUAUGAAUUAUAAGUUUAAGUCAUACAUAGCGUCAGUGUAAUGAAUUUUUCAUAAGAAUAUAUGGACUACUUGGAGACCGCCCUACGAGUAAUGUAAGUUAAAUCCAAAGUCAUGAAAUGUCAAUUUCAAGCUGCAAAGAUACCUUUAGUUGUAUGUUAAAAUUAUUUUUUUUUAGCACAGUAAUCGAAUCUUCACAAAAUAGGCUGUUUGGUUAG